AUGGCUUCAUCAUCACGGGCUCUGACCCGGCUUGCCGGUCCCCAGCUUGCUCCCAGAGCACAAAUGCAGCUCCCGGCCGCCAGGGCCGCGUCGAGAAUCGCGAGCAUCACGACGACGUCAUCUGCGCGAAAAUUCGCUGCACCCUCAGCACGCCUCCCCAGAACACAGCAGAGCCAGAUAUUAUCGCGACAGUUCCGGAGGACGUACGCCGACUCUGCGCCCGCCGCCCCCGUCAAGAAGCGCAAGGUGCGCGUCUUCAGAUGGCUCUGGCGCCUGACCUACCUCUCCGUCCUCGGUUCCAUCGGCUACGUCGUCUACGACGGCUACGUUGCGCGCCACCCGGAGGACCAAUUCGUCCCGGACCCUAACAAGAAGACUCUGGUCAUCCUCGGUACCGGCUGGGGUUCCGUCGCCCUGCUGAAGAAGCUCGACACCGAGAACUACAACGUUGUCGUCAUCUCGCCGCGCAACUACUUCCUGUUCACUCCUCUGCUCCCCUCAUGCACCACUGGCCAGAUCGAGCACCGCUCCAUCAUGGAGCCUGUGCGACAGAUUCUCCGUCACAAGAAGGCCGCCGUCAAGUACUACGAAGCCGAGGCUACUCAGAUCGACCACGCCCGCAAGGUCAUCAAGAUUACCGAUAACAGUGAGAUCAAGGGCACCAUUACCGAGAACGAGGUCCCCUACGACAUGCUUGUCAUCGGUGUCGGAGCCGAGAACGCCACCUUUGGCAUCCCCGGUGUCCGCGACCACUCCUGCUUCCUGAAGGAGAUCCGUGACGCCCAGGCCAUCCGUACCAAGAUCAUGGACUGUGUCGAGACUGCCGCCUUCAAGGACCAGGCCACCGAGGAGAUCGACCGCCUACUGCACAUGGUUGUCGUCGGUGGUGGCCCCACUGGUGUUGAGUUCGCCGGCGAGCUGCGCGAUUUCUUCGACGACGACAUCAAGAAGCUGAUCCCCGACAUUGCUGACCGCUUCAAGGUGACCUUGAUCGAGGCCCUUCCCAACGUCCUGCCCAUGUUCAGCAAGCAGUUGAUCGACUACACCGAGAGCACUUUCAAGGAGGAGCACAUCGAGAUCAAGACCAAGACCAUGGUCAAGAAGGUCACCGACAAGAGCGUCGAGGCCGUCAUCACUCACCCUGAUGGCUCCAAGGAGACCGUCACCAUCCCCUACGGUCUGCUGGUCUGGGCUACUGGUAACGCUCUGCGCCCCAUCGUCAAGGAUCUCAUGUCUCAGAUUCCCGCCCAGAAGGACUCGAGACGCGGUCUCGCCGUGAACGAGUACAUGGUCGUCCAGGGCACCCGCGAUAUCUGGGCCGUCGGUGACUGCGCCGUGGCCGGCUACGCACCUACCGCACAGGUGGCUUCGCAAGAGGGAGCCUUCUUGGCUGGUCUUUUUAACAACAUGGCCAAGACUGAGGCCCUCGAGAACAAGAUCCGCGAGCUGAGCUCCAACUUGAACCUCAAGCCUGGUAACACCGCCGAGAUCACCCAGGAGAUCGAGACCGUCGAGAAGCGUCUUCGACGCACAAGGGACGUCAAGCCCUUCCACUACUCCCACCAGGGUAGCUUGGCCUACAUUGGCAGCGAGAAGGCUGUCGCUGAUGUCGCCUGGUUGAACGGCAACGUCGCUUCUGGCGGCAAAUUGACCUACUUCUUCUGGCGUAGCGCAUACCUCAGCAUGUGCUUCAGCACCCGAAACCGUGUCCUUGUCUCCCUGGACUGGAUCAAGGCCAAGAUCUACGGUCGUGAUGUCUCCCGUGAGUAA